AUGUCGACUUCAAUGGAUUUGCAGCCAUACACAAAAUUGUCACAGCCAUAUAUUCAAACUUCAUUGACUGAAGUAACAAACAUAUUACCUACAAAACCACCGUGUCGUAUUUUUUUCAAAAAUGAAUUGGAACAACCAUCGGGGAGUUUUAAAUUAAGAGGAAUUGGUCAUUUAGUACAUAAAUCAAUAGAAAAUGCCCUUAAAAACCAUCUGAACAAAACUAUUCAUGUGUUUGCUUCUAGUGGUGGUAAUGCUGGCUUAGCAGCUGCUUAUCUGGCUCAAUUUUAUAAAGUUAAAUGUACAGUUGUAUUACCAAUAAUUUCAAAGCCAGUGGUGCAAGAAAAAUUAAAAUCUUAUGGUGCCAGAAUUGUUUUGUUUGGGAAUACUAUUAACGAAGCUGAUCAACAUUUGAAAAAUUUAAUGAGUUCGAUUGAUUUAGAUUCAAUUUAUCCAGUUUAUUGUCAUCCUUUUAAUAAUCCAUUGAUUUGGAAUGGUCAUUCCUCGUUAGUCGAUGAAGUGAGUCAACAAUUGGAUUCUAAAGAUAGAAAAUUGUUAAAGGGAAUGGUUUGUUCCUUUGGUGGUGGCGGAUUAUAUAAUGGUAUCUAUCAAGGUAUGGUUAAAAAUCAAAUUAGAGGGGAUAUUUUACUUAUUGAAACACUUCAGGCACCAACAUUGACUCAAUCUUUAGAGGCUGAUGAAGUCAUCACUUUGAAAUCUGUCAAUUCACUUGCAACUUCAUUGGCUUGUUCAUACACCACUGAACAAUCAUUGAAAUACUAUAAAGAUCAAAGUUUGGUUAAAUCUCAAGUGGAACUCAUCGACGAUAUAGAUUCAUUAAGAGCAUGUGUUGCUUUUGAAAAAUGUUUUGGUAAAGUUGUUGAGCCAGCUUGUGGAGCAGCAAUGGCAGUUGUUUAUAACAAAAUUGACUUGUUGUACAAGAAUUUUAAACAUUUGCAACCAGAAGAUAUUGUUGUUAUUGUUGUAUGUGGCGGUUCAUGUACUACAGGGUCUGAUCUUAAAGGGUUUGAAAAAAUGAUACAGAAAUCAGAAAUUAAAUUAUAG